AUGCAGUCCUUAGAACACUUGACUGUAGACUCCGCUGAUAUAAGUGUGGAACUAAAUGAUGUCGUAGGUAAAGUGGAGCAAAAUACCCUAGACAGCGAAGUUCACAAAUUACAACAAGACGAUGAUAAAAAGAGCGAUUACAAUGUCGACAUUCUUACGUUGCAACACCAGAGGACAUUAAUCACCCAACUGAAUAACUCAAAUAAUGAAAGGGCAUGUGAGGGUGACAAGGUAUACAUCAUUCCGGAAUCCUGGUACAAGGAUUUUUUUGAUCCAGAAUUGACCAAUGCGGAGUCCCUAGGCCCAAUAAAUACGUCCUUAAUAUGUCGAGACUAUAAUAAUUUUAUCUUAGUGGACUAUGACCUUCAACCAUAUCUGUCUCUCCCAGAGUGUGUAUUUGAGAAAUUAAUAGAGUGGUAUGGACUUUCGCCUGGCUCUCAACCUGUCAUUACUUCAUUAGUCUAUGAUGACGAAAACGGUUCUUUAAUAACGGAGUACAAUAGAUGCGUUUUAAAAUUACAUUAUUUAUCGGUAAAUGAGUCAAACAGGCGAUAUAAUGUCAACAACAGGCCCAUAUUCAUUUCGACGUCCAUGCUAUCUAACAUGGAACAGGUUGUAAACAAACUACUUGAAGGAUUUUUUGCUAAGGAAUCAGCUCUUCACCCUGAUAAUACCAGGUUUAAGUUAUGGUACGUCAAAGAUUUUGAACAGAAUGGCCAUAAAAGCAUACUGCAAUCAUCAUAUAGAUUAAAUCCAUUAAAAUUUAUGGAGCUACCCUUAAGAACUCGUAUAUCAUCCAAAUUGAAGGGCCAUACAUUGAAGGAAUUGAAAAUAUUUGCUGGGGAUUUCGUUAUUGAAGUCAGACAAUCAGGUCAAAAUUAUCAUUGGGCUUCAAACUAUUACAUGUACAACAAUAUUAAUGUAUCGGAAGGAAUAACUGGUUUAACCAACUUAGGAAACACAUGUUACAUGAACUCUGCAUUACAAUGUUUAGUUCAUAUACCGCAGCUUAGGGAUUUCUUUUUAUAUUCAGGGUAUGAGAAGGAAAUUAACACCCAAAAUCCUCUGGGACAUAAUGGUCACAUUGCUAAGGCAUUCUCACUUCUUGUUCAAAACCUAUUCGGAAGCAAUAUGGACAACAAUACAACAGCAGUAUAUUCGCCUAACAAUUUUAAAACCACUAUUGGGCAUCUAAAUAGUAUGUUCUUCGGAUAUAUGCAGCAAGAUUCUCAAGAGUUUAUAGCUUUCCUGUUGGAUGGGAUUCACGAAGAUCUCAAUAGAAUUGUGAAUAAACCGUAUGUUGAAAAACCAUCUCUAUCGUUUGAUCAUAACGUGCACGACUUUGCGGCACUAAAAAAGUUGGCGAAUGAUACAUGGACAGGACACCUCAUGCGAAAUGAUUCCGUUAUAACCGACCUAUUUGUGGGUCUCUAUGAGUCAGUUCUGCAUUGUCCGGAAUGCAAUAACGUUUCUAUCACAUUUGAUCCUUAUAACGAUUUAACUUUACCGUUGCCGGUGGACUCAGUCUGGCACGCUACUGUAACAAUUUUCCCAGAAAGCUCUCCUCCAUGCUCAUUAGAAGUUCAGCUAGAUAUAUCUGCGACAUAUCAGGAUCUCAAGCAUUACAUUGGAGUCCAUGCUGAAAUGGACCCAAAAAACCUUUACGGCUGCGAAAUUUUUAAUCAUCAAUUCUUUACGAAUUAUGAAUUACCAGAUUCAAAUUCACAUUUCCUACCGUUAAGAGAGCUUAUUUCUGAGUCUGAUAAUGUCGUCUUCUAUGAAUUGCAUGCUUCACAAAAUGAUAUCAUUGUGCCUGUGCUGAACACUAUAAUCGAGGAAGGUUUCAAAACUCCAAGAAAUUUCGGAGUACCAUUCUUCAUUGUUCUUACUCCAGAAGAGAUUGAAAAUCCUAGUGCUAUACGUUUCAAGCUCGAAAAGGCUUAUACUAAUUUGAGUGGCGGUUUUGUAGAGUUUCCAAUAUCUUCCCUCGAAAGGGAAACUCUACUGGAGUCACUUUCAUUGCUUCAACGGACUUUUGAAAAUAAUAAUCUCGAAAAACUUAGAAAAAAUAUUUCCUUCUCCUUUCUGGAGGAUAUUGAUCUAAAUGAGUUUUUCAGAAUUCAACUAUUGGAAGUAUCUGACCCCAGAAAGGAAACAUAUCCAAGCAGUAAUGAGGAAACGGAAGCAUCCAAUCCAUCUCUUCGGACGCCACCUACACGUUUGAAUUUAAACCACCUCAAAGAUAUAACGGACUGUUUAAGUCCCAUUAUCGAUGCAAUAUACGAUUACCCAUCUUUUGUCAAGAAAUUUGAGGAAACUGCUGAAGAGAAGGAUGAGUACUCAAAUGGUAAUGAGAAAAAUGAAUCAAAAGAGAAGCAAACUAUAGAUGGACAGACGGAAGGGAUUGCUAAAUUAGAAAACAAUUUGAAUCUUCAAGACGAUUUUAAUGCAGAAAAGAGUAGAAGUGUGGAGGUUUCAGAUGUUCUUACCUCACCUAUAGUGAAUCAAAACACAGUUCUUAUAUGCGAAUGGCAAAAAAAAAAUCUCGAAGACGUUUUUUCUGACUCGCAACCAAUUAAUUGGGAAAAUCCUGGUAAAAUAGUGAACCAAAAUUUGGAUGGACAACAGAAUUCAUCUAAGAAACAAACGAAAAAUAUGAUCACAUUGGAUCAGUGCUUGAAGUUGUUUUCUAAAAGAGAAGUUUUGGGUCUUAACGACUUAUGGUACUGCCCUAAGUGUAAGAAGCACAGGCAAGCGACAAAACAGAUUCAAUUAUGGAAUGCACCCGAUGUUUUGCUAAUUCAUUUAAAAAGGUUUGAAAAUCAAAGAUCCUUCAGUGACAAGAUAGAUGAUGUUGUCCAGUUUCCAAUAACUGAUCUCGAUAUGAGCGAAUAUCUAGUAAAUAAAGAAGAUCCGCGAGGAUCGAUAUAUGAUCUUAUUGCGGUUGAUAACCACUAUGGGGGUCUUGGUGGAGGGCAUUAUACAGCUUAUGCUAAGAAUGAUGCUGACGAGAAAUGGUACUAUUUUGACGAUUCUCGCGUUUCAGAAACAGUGCCAGAAAGAAGUGUGGCCGGUUCAGCAUAUUUGCUAUUUUAUCUCCGUCGAAGUACUGAUAACGAAAGUCUAGGAAGUGUACGAUUACAGGAAAUAAUUGCUCAUUCUCGCAAGGAAUACAAUUUGAAGAUUGCGGAAAUGAAAGAAAGACAAAGGGAGAUUUAUUUUAGUAACAAGACUGAUAGCGAAGAUGAUGGAGAUGAUGUGGACGCAAAUGUGAAUAAAGAUAAUGAAGAUAAUGAAGAUAAUGAGGAUAAUGAAGAUAGUGAUGUUGAUGUUGAAACUUCAGACGUGGAUGGAAAAAGAUUUGGACUUAUUCAAAAUGCGGACGAAAUUAAUCCGAAAAGUAGUACAGACAGCGGGAGUUCCAAUGAAAACUUAGGAUCAACAAGAUCAACAGCUUACAGUAUAGAAAGUCUAGAAGUUGGCCAUAUAAAUCAACCUGAAUAUUGUGAUGGACAUGAAAAUAACAUGGGCCGAAGGAAACUAAGGCUAAUAAAUAAAAAAUACAAUGAAUCACCAACAGGGACUUCUCCAACUUCUUUGGGAUCAUCAGAUGAUGGCGAUAGCAUGAAUAUUGAUUUUAUGUAG